GCUGAAUCAAAAUGAAAUGAAUGAAACAAUGUGCCCCUUGGUGUCGUAAUGCUUGGUGUCCCCACAGCGUGUUUUUCCAUACACACACACACACACACACACAAACCCACUGGACGAGACAAUGCGGAAGUGUGUGCCGUGAUAAGGUGUAGUUCCAUCGCAUAAAAUUGCCUGUUCAUCGUGCGUUAAUAUCAGCAGCAUCAGUUGACAACGCGCACACACGGCGGGAGAGUGCCAGCACAGUUCGCCACAAAACCCCUGUACCGCAAGGAGAAGGUUAUUUCAUCACCAUGGUGGUUAAGGGCAGCGGUGUGAUGUUGGUGAAAUCCUUGCUCGGGUCACUGUUUUCCCACGAAACGAGAGGAAUCGUUCAGCGGACGGCCGUACGAUACAGCCAUCACCAUCAGGCGCACGAUCUGGUGGAGGAGCACGAUCGGCAACAUGACGUGGAGGAGGUGCGCAUUCCGGUGCCGUACGGUGAGAUUGCCGGCAAGUGGUGGGGCCCACGGGACGUACGGCCGAUCGUGUGCAUUCACGGCUGGCAGGAUAAUGCGGGCACGUUCGAUCGGCUGAUCCCACUGCUACCGAAGCACAUGAGCUUCCUGGCGCUGGACCUUCCCGGCCAUGGGCUGUCCUCCCGCAUCCCGGACGGCAUGUCGUACCACACGCUGGACAACACGCUCAGCCUGUUCCACGUGAUGCGCGAGUACCGCUGGAAGAAACUCUCGCUAAUGGGCCACUCGAUGGGUUCGAUCAUAAGCUUCCUGUUCACCUCAACCUUCCCCGAUAAGGUCGAUUUUUACAUUGGCAUCGAUGCGCUCAAACCUCACAUUGCCGAUGCGGCCAAAUUUCCGGGUCGGUUGGAAAAACGCCUGCCCCAGUCACUGCUGGCGGAUGCGAGGAAUCGGGAAAAGUCCGAACCACCGGCCUACCCGUACGAGGAGCUAAUAGAACGGCUGCAUCUCGGCACGAACAAAUCGGUCACACGUGAGGCGGCUCCGUUUCUGCUGUAUCGUAACACGCGCAAAUCAACGCUCCAUCCCGACCGAUACUACUUUACGCGGGACAGCCGGCUAAAGUACGGGCUGGGGAUGGGCUGGGAUCAGGCGAUCAAUUUGGAGCUUGCCAAGCGGGUGGUGCAGCCGUACCUGUUCAUCAAGGCGAAACACUCGCCCUACUACGAGGAGCGCAAGUACUUUGAUGAGUUUGUGGAGCUGGUGAAGCGGAACAAUCCACAGUUUGAGCUGGAGUUUGUGGACAGUACGCAUCAUCUGCAUCUGACCGAGCCGGAAAAGGUGGUGCCGAUUGUGGGACGGUUUCUCGGCAAGUACUGGAAGGAGGAGAGAGGAUGAAAUUAGUUAAGAGGUGAACGCGGGCAAUGCGGGGUUAAUUUAUUGAUUUAGAGAGUAAUAAAAACAAACGAUUGAAAGAAUUCACUUAACUACCUCGA